AUGAACUCCGAGAAGCCAUGGAUUGUGCUGGUUCCAAGUGCGGGCAUGUCUCAUAUCUUGCUGUUCAUCCGCUUUGCUUCGACCAUCAUGGAACACGGCCUCAACGUCGUCUUUGUUGCCACCAAAUCCACAGUCUCAUCUGCAGAAUCACACCAUAUUUCCCAAUUCCUUUCAUCUUCUCCAAGCAUACAACCUCUGUGGUACGACCCUCUUCCCCUGAAUCCCGACUUUUCCCACCACAAGACCGCUGAUCCAUACUACCUACACUUUGAUGCCUUGAGCCGCUCGAAGGACGUACUUCUCCCUCUGCUAAGCCAACUGGCUACCAAGGCCUCCAUCGCUGCCUUCAUCUCUGACAUCUUCCUUGCUUCAUGCAUGUGCGACGUCGCAGAAUCACUCUCUAUACCGAAUUACGUCCUCUACUCGUCCUCUGCAACCAUGCUUGCUUUCAGCAUCUGCUUCUCAAGCUCCGAACCAAAUGGCGACCCGAUCGAGGAAAUUCUGAUUCCGGGAGUCGGCGCCGUCCCGUCUUACUGUGUCCCACCGGCCUUAAAGAACCCCGAGCACCUCUUCACCACCGUGUUUCACAAGAACAACAGAGCUCUCAGCAGAGCAACUGGAGUUCUCCUCAACACAUUCUACAAGUUGGAGGCAGAGUCUCUACAGGCACUCAAUGGUGGGAAGCUGGCGCCGACGUCAUUGCGGCGCGUGUUUCCCAUAGGCCCGUUGGUGGGUCGAAGGCCCGCCGGCGGCGAGAGUUGUGCCCUUGUGACUGAGUGGCUGGACGAGCAGCCUGAGGGCAGGGUGCUGUAUAUCAGCUUUGGGAGUCGCACCCCUCUGGCGCCUGAACAGAUUGUGGAGCUGGCCAAUGGGCUGGAGAUGGCUGGCUGCAACUUCUUGUGGAUGCUCAAGACCAAGAUUGUGGACAAAGAGGAGAGCCAAGGGGAAGCACAGAAUGUCUUGCCUGAUGGUUUUGUGGAAAGGGUUAAGCCCAGGGGCCUGGUUGCAGACACUUGGGCGGACCAAGAAGAAGUGUUGGCCCAUCGCUCGGUCGGUGGCUUCCUUGGCCACUGUGGUUGGAGCUCUGUGGUUGAGGCAGUGUGGCAUGGGGUGCCCAUUUUUGGGUGGCCACAGGCUGCAGAUCAGUUGCUCAAUGCUAUGGUUGUGGAGAGGAGUGGACUGGGGUUCUGGGAAAGGAGUUGGAGAGGGUCUAAUGGAGGAGAGCUGAUCAAGGGCGAGGAGAUUGGCAGGCAACUGAGACUGUGGAUGGGAGACAAGCAUGUCAAGGAGCGCGCCCGGCAGCUACGGGAGGAGGCUCGGACGUCGAUCGGGGCGGCCGGAGACUCUCAUAGAACUCUUGCCGAACUCAUGGACGCAUGGAAAGCAGUUGCAUAA